AUGGCCUUCCCACCCUUUGGACACCCGUACGGCGGUGCAUCCCAGUUUCUGGUGUCUGCAAGCUCCAGUGCCACUUGCUGCGAAACGGCCCCUCGGUCCGUGUCAGAUGCGGCCUCAGCCUCCAACUCUGUCUCUACUCUUUGCUGUACACCCUAUGACAGUCGGCUGCUGGGCAGUGCUCGGCCAGAGCUGGGCGCUGCCUUGGGCAUCUAUGGAGCACCCUAUGCAGCUGCCCAGAGUUACCCUGGGUACCUGACCUAUGGCCCAGAGCCACCCACACUGUGCAGUACACUGAAUCCUCAGUAUGAGUUUAAGGAUGCUCCGGGAAGUUUUACUCCCAGCCUGACCCAACCAGGGGCCUAUUACCCCUAUGAGACAGCUCUGGGACAAUAUCAAUAUGACAGGUAUGGUGGCGUGGACUUGAGCAGCACUGGCCGCAGGAGGAACGCCACGCGGGAAAGCACGAGCGCACUGAAGGCGUGGCUCCACGAGCACCGCAAGAACCCGUACCCCACCAAGGGCGAGAAGAUCAUGCUGGCCAUCAUCACCAAGAUGACCCUCACCCAGGUGUCCACCUGGUUCGCCAACGCGCGCCGGCGUCUCAAGAAGGAGAACAAGAUGACGUGGGCGCCCAAGAACAAGGGCGGGGAGGAGAAGAAAGUGGAGGGUGGAGAAGACUCUCUGGGAUGCCUGAAUGGUGACACCAAAGACGCUACUGUCAGCCAGGAAGCCCGGGGGCUGAGGCUGAGUGACCUGGAAGACCUGGAGGAAGAGGAGGAAGAGGAGGAAGCAGAAGAGGAGGCAGCGGUCUCAGCAACACGGAGGCUGGCAGAUUUUCGGAAGAACACGCAGCCCCUGCCUGCUCCCUGCGCUGCAGCAGCUCAGGAGGGCUGCUUGGAGAGCAGAGAGUGCGGCCUGGGGUUAACCCGCUUCUCCUUUACAGAGGCCCCGCAAUCAGGGGAAGCUGACUUCAUUACCGCAGAGCCAAGUGGCCCCACGAUGAUCGUGCACUACCCAAGCGGCCACAAACCCCGCAUUUGGUCCUUAGCUCACACUGCGGCAGGCAGCGCUGUGGAAGGUGCUCCCUCAACUCCGCCCAGGGUACAAAGUCCAGAGUGCCACAUGAUUCCCAGACAGCCCAGUUCUAUCAGGCGACUCCUGGUCCCCAGGGACUCCGGAGACAGAGACGAAGAGGAUUCUCAAGCAGUCAAAGCUCUUGGAAACUCCGCGUUCGCCCUGCAGGGGCUGCCACUGAACUGUGCACCAUACCCGAGGCGGAGAGAGCCAGAAACGCGGUUCCAGUACCCAUCAGGAGCUGAAGAGAGAGGAACUGAGGAAGCCACCCACAAUGCCCAGGACAUAGUGACCUCCCACACUCCCAAUCUGAACAAGCGGCAGCUGAAGAGCAAAGCGACAUCAGACUAUUUGUUGAGAAGCAGCUUUUAUUCCCUGGUGGUACUGGGCCUGUAA